AUGCUGGAAAGUCGGAGAAAGAGACGAGGCCCCGCCCCUGCUUCCAAACUGGCCGCGCAGCCUGGCGCCGGAAUCGAAAUAAUAAGCAGCCGUGAGCGCGGCUAUUUUUGCGCCGACGGCCGUUUUUUUUCUUCUCCUCUCCAUUGGGCCGGGGACGGACGAUCGAUUGAGCCUCGUGGCGCGGCGCUAUCUCGCCCCGCCGCACAAAAUAACACAGCGACAGACCAGCAUGCCCCUUUUUCAGUUCUUUUUUGUUCGCUUCUUCUUUUUCGUCUUUUCCCGCGCCGCGGCCGCUUGGCCGCUCACAAAAUAGCACACGUCCUCUGGCGCAGCCUUUUGGUCUUCAUAUCGUUUGACAGUCUUUUUUUUUUGAGCCGCGGCUCAGUUUUCUUCGAUCUGUUUUGAAGUUUCGAGAAGCUUUCCUGUGAAGUUACGAUGUUGUAAGAGAUUCAGAUGUUCAAAUUCCUCCUUUUUGCCAAGUUUCGAAGGAAUUUUGAGCCGCGGCUGAGUUUCCGCGAGCUGUUUUGUAGCUUUUGAUGAUUUUUUAUUUGUGAAAAUUUGUGUUUUUUAUCUUAGGAUGCAUUUUGAGCCGCGGUUAAGUUUAAAAAAUCAUAUAAGUCUGUUUUGUUUUCGGAGACAUCCUUUGAAAUCCUCGUUUUCUUCAGUUUUAAGAAAGUAUUUUUAAGCCGCGGCUGAGUUUUUUUGAGAGGGUUUUGUUGAUUUUAUUAUAUAUUAAAGACUGUAAGAAUGGUCUUUUCCCCCUUUUUGCCGAAAGAAAAUUAAGCCGCGGCCAGAUUUUAUAGAAUUUUUAAACCGUCCAGCUAAUUUUAUGUGUUUACUCGUAGUUUCCCGUUUUUUGGGAGAAAUUUGAGCCACUGCUAAUUUUUUCAAUACAUGAAGCUGAGAACUUGUUGUCUUCAGAUUUUCGUGAGAGAAGAUUUCAUCUGCGGCUAAUUUUUUAUAUCUAGUUGGCGUUUUCGUUUGAUUUUUCUGAGGUUCUUAAGCCUCAUGGGAUGAAGUUUGAGCUGCGGCUGAAAGUUGAAUCGAUUUAUAAUCUCUGAUUUUGUGCAAUAAUUAUUAUAUAUCGAAAUUAUUAAUAAGUCUCGGAAGAAAAUUCAAUUUUUAGCCGCUUCCGAGCGAUUUUUGGCGUUUGAAAAUAAAUAUUUGAGCCGUGGCUAUUUUUCGAGGUCGAGAUUAAGAUCCAGAAGUCUUUCUUCAUUAAAACAAAAAAAUCUCAAAAACCAAUUCUUCUUUGAAAAUUAUCAUUUUUUUCAACCGGAAACUUUUAUUUCUCAAAUCUUGACUUUUACGUUCAGAAAAAAGCAGAAAAAUCCAAACUUUGAAUUCGAUCCGAUUUUUUUGUCUUGUUUUAAAGUGACUCACUUUUCUGAUUGAAUAUCUAUCAUGUGAUUCGAUAAUUUAAACGUUUCCAAUAGUUCCUUUCCUGUAGUUUUCCACACAAUGCGUCAUCGAAGCGUUUCCUUUUUAUUUUUUUUCCCUUUCCAGGAAAUUCGGGAUUAUUUGGCCGCCGGCAGGCCGAAAAGCCGUUUUUCGGCCUCCUGCUGCUGCAUUUCGACGCUUUUCAACACGAUAUGAUGGAGGUUGCCGGGGAAACGCCAACACCCGCUGACACCCUUGUAAAAACAUUUUAUUUUCAUCUUUUCGAAAAUCGAAGGGCUUUGAAAACAGGGUAUUCCACUGAAAUUACACAUAAAACUCGAGAAAAGGCGAUUUGAAAGAAAAGUGUGAAUUUAUGGGGUUACGGUAGCCUGGCAGUCCGCAAACGCUACCUUUACACAAAAAAUGUUUAUUUCCCGCGCAAAAUGCCCUUCGGCCUAAUGCCGUGUUCAAUGUGAUUCCGCGAAAUUCAAAAUAGCCGUCAGAGAAAGAGAAAGAUAACUAAAUUUUGGAGGGUCAGAGACAAUUUCUCAUUUCGCGGAAAUUACUUUGAACACGGCAUAAAUUUUGAAACAUUCUUCUCUAAUUUCGAUUUCCCGGUUAGUUUAUAGCGUUUUCAGAUUGUUUAAAGUUGAGAAACAAUACUAUUUUCGAGGCUGAUACUUGAGAUUUUGCCAACUUUAGGUUUAACAAGUUUAAAAAAGUUAUCGUCGUUAAAAACAAUUUUUUUUUGCUAUAUGUGAUUGCAUUUUGAUGUUUAGUCUUCUUUUUCGUUUCAGAGAUACCUAGUCAUCUUUUUAGAAAGUUUGCUUUUAAAUGACUUUGAAAAUUUUGUAUUUUUGAUCUUGAUGGCAAUUUUUUUUUUCUCAUUGUCUUUUCUGGUUUUGAGCGCCGCUAUAUCUUUUUCCAUUCGAACACGGCAAGUUGGCGAAAGAAGUUACUCUAAUAAUUUUUUUUUUUCGUUUUUUUACAAUCCUUUUUCAGACAACAAACUCCGAUGAAUUGAGCGCUGAGCAGGUGUCCAUUCUGGACAAUUUGAUGAACAAUUUGACACAACCAUCGCCGAACGAGUUUGAGAAGCCGCUUGUUGAUAAAUGGUUUAAAAAAUCAUCACUUUUUGAUUCAAAAUAUUCAUUCCAGGGGCACUGAAGUAGUCAUGAGCCAAAAAGGAUCCAGGCUGUUUUACGAUGAUUUAUCGUAUGAAUACCGGUAUUACAAUGCGAAUCGGGACGCCGCUUUGAUUGGUUUCAAAGAAAUUUCGUUGAGGUUUUUUUUGGGGUCUUUAAUUUUGUCAAUUUGUUGAGGUGUUAGUCGAUAACUGUUGUGAACUCUGAGCGAAGAAGCAUUUCCAUGGGAAAAACCGAAACCCCUACGGGAACCACUUUUCUGACUCCUAUAGGGAUUUCUUCCGCCCUAUCCCCCAUUGGGACCACUCUAGAAUUCCUAAGUUUCUCUCCACAAGUUCACUGAUCUUUAGGACGAUUAAAAUGAACUUUUUUACUUUGUCCUCAUGAAUCAUCAGACUCACCUUUGUUCAAUAUAAUAAGCUAUUAAUUCGAUUUGCAGGUGCACCAAAGUCCGCUGCCGCGGCUCGGCAGUUCUCACGCGAAACGAGGAAGUCCACCAGAAAAAGGAGCACGACCCGCCCCACGGACCGCCCAUCGGCCGUCGCGAAGUGCGCAGUUUUUCCGUCCUUCUGUUCUAAAGCCUCUUUGAAAAAUUUAUCCUGCGAUGAUAUACGCGAUUCACCCCGAACUUCUCAUGAAAUUCGAAGAAUUCGUCAUUUUUUUAAAUAGUGUGCAAAAAGGAGAGAUUUGUUUCGCCAUUUCCUUGAUAAUAUAGCGGUGAUUUGAUUUUUUCUUGACCUUUUUUUUUUGAUACUGGGGUUCUUGUAUAUAGUUUUGAAGAUAUUUUAUCCUCAGAAAUACGUUAAAACUCCUAUAAUAAGUUAUAGUUUCAACAGCUUUCGAGGCGCAAAGUAACUGAAAAACAAAGAAAAUUUUUAGAUUAUUUGACAUCUGUUCAGCCCGCCCGGUUUGCCACACUGUAGAUUUAAAUUGUGCAUACACCGAUUGCGAUUUUUGGCGAUUUCGUCCUUGAUAACGAGUUUUUUGUACUACGUUCAUUGUAUUAAAUAGAAAAAAUGCUUUAAAAUGAUCUAGUAUGGCCAACGGAGACGGCGCAGAGCAAACCGGACGGGUCUCUGAAGGUCUAAAUUGAUUUGAUUUUUAAAGCUAAGAUCCACGAUUCUCCAAAUCAAUUUAGUUGAUUCACGACUGGUUUGAGCCAUCGGAAAAAGAGUCCUGACACGAUAAUUCAUGAGAUAGUGCCUGAUUCUUGGAAAGGGAAAACAGGCCACGCCCCCUUCGCGACACUAGCUAGCCGUGAAUCAGCUAUAGCAAAUAUAUAAAUUAAAUUAAAUUGAAACUGUACGGGUUAAUGAAAAUUUUUCGUGACAUGGUUGUUUGUGAGUCAGAUUAUGAUUUUUUUCAAAAAUUUUUGCUGUUUCUGUGAUUCUCAAUGUUUAAAUUAUUACCGUCACCUAACCGAAGCCUAUUCAUAGUCGAUGACCGGCACCAAGUACGUGGAGGACGCGCGGGAGAAGAAGAGGAAAGCGCCGCCGCCGCUGGAGGAUAACGUCCCCGACGACGGAUCCUCGCCGUCGUUGUCCAUCAUCAGCCAACGCGGCGGCUACCUCUUCUACGACGAGCAGGACUACGAGUACCGGCUGAGGAAUCCGAGAAGAGACUGUCUCCGGUUCGGCGAGAGGGAGCUGUCCUUAAGGUGAUUCCAGUGGUCUUUGAGAAAUUUUACUCCAUCUGAAGAUAUCUCUUUGCUCCUUUGGAUAGGACUGGACGUUUCUCGGCAAUUGUAGGGAUCACUUAAGAGGCCUGAAGCUACUAAAGUGGUCACUAGAAAUGCUCCGAAACGUCCGAUUCGCGUUACCAAUGUACAAGUGUCUAUAGUUUGCUCAUAUUUUGAAUAUCAAGUACAAUAACGUCAUUCGAAAACGCUCUGUGGGUGGCUCGCUCUGUAAUUGGUUCUUCGCGCCAUUAGGGCCGGAGCUUUAGAAGCGACUUGACAUUCAAAAUCUGAACAGACUAUAAAUCGAAAUAUUGAAAGUUCCUUGUCCCAGAGAUUUUUUCGAAAGGUUUUUGAAAGACCUAGCAGCGCCAAGAAGGGUCUAAAUUCAUACAGUAUUUUAACCAGAGAGUACUGUUACCUAAUUUCAGAUGUGCCAAGCCCGGCUGCCGAGCCAACGCGAAGUUGACGAGAAAACAGACGGUGAUCCCGUCGCUCGACGCCGAUCCCCACAACCACGCGCCUCUCAUCGGCAAACUUGUGGUGAAUUUCAUCAUUAUCAUGAAGUGAUCCCUUUAGCGCUUCUCGGUGCUUUCCAGGGGUCGCUUUAGUCGUUUUUACUCCUAUCGAAUCUUUUUGAACGCAGCUUAGUAUUUAGGAACUCCAGGGUGGUCCCUACAGGGGCAACCUCGGAGGCCUCUAGGGGCCAGAAGCUUGCAAAAGUGAUCCCUAUAGGGGACAAUCUAGUUGAUGAUUUUUAAGAACUCUAUGCGAAGAAGCAUUCCCAUGGGAAAAACUGAUAAAAUAAGCGUUUUUUCUAGUGAAAUUGAGAGACCCCUAUGGGGUCCACUUGAGCUUUAGGAUCACCCGAAUUUUAGAGACCACUCUGGAAUUCAUAAGUACCUUACUCGAUUUGAACAUGGUAUGAAAGACAUGUUUAACCAAAACUUCUGCAUUUGGCUUGGACCUUGCAAGUUUUCACGCUGAUUUUGAUUCUUAGCUUAGGAAAAGGUUCGGGAUAUUGAAAAAGAAGAGCGCUGGAAGAAUCUCAUAAAUUUGUUAAACUUCCCUGAAAACUGUAUUUAUCAAGCCUUGCUCAGAACUCGUUCACACCAGCUUCUUCCAAACUUCAACUAACUUUUUUUCAGCGACGCCAGGCCAUCACCAAGCUCAAAAUGGACCGUCUCGCUGGCGUGACUCCAGAAUUGCCGUUGGGCCUUCCGAUGACCGCCUCCUUGCUUCCCAACAAGUCCACAUUGGGUCGAACGUCUCACCCUCCUGCCAAAGGUUCUCUAAGCCUCCAGCCUUCAUAGAAGACGUGAUGACUUCAGAACCCCGUCUGGAGAUUCCAAGUCCUAACGGUUGCCCCUUGACAAACUCCCUCCUGAAGACUUUCGGAUUCGUCGGAACCGCAGAUGAGGACGGAGAUGAGGAAGACGACGAAGAGGAGGAGGAGGAAGAAGACGUCGAGGACGACGUCUUGACGAAGAGUCUUCUGAACACUUUCAAUGAGGAGAAGUUGGUCUUCGAGACGGAUAAGAAAACGUGGUCAACUUUCAGAAAAAGCCCUGUUACGUCGCCGGCGCCUUCAGAGAAAGAAGACGUCGUCAAUGGAACCCAUCGACCUUCUAGACUCGUUCCCAGUGAUGACGGUUGGAGAACUCUCCGCAUCAUUGUUUAUUUUCCAUUUUCAGGCAAAGAUACGGUCCGAAUGGUUCCAGAAGACACGGUGCAGAAGGCGAAUGUGCUGGGUCAGUAAAAUAUGAUAUUUUUCUCAGAGUUCGGUUUCAUUUUUUUUUUUAAUGGAUUGUAGGCACAUAAGUAAUGGAAAGGGUGGAAAAAUACUCCUUUUUUGCUGCCUUUUUGCGCCAUUUCAUCGGCUUUAAUGCACCAUUUUUGCUGCCUCUCCCUUUUUCCAGCAUUCCUUGAGUCUUCAAAAACCCAGAAAACAUGGGAAGGCUCGAUAAAGGGACUCUUUUUGCUCCUUUUCUGAGCCUCUCCCUUUUAGCUGCCAUUAUCAACCCUUCCGAAUUUGCGACAAGUAAAUAUGAGUAAUAUAGUCAUCCAAAAGUCGUCCUUCACUUCCGAAAAUAAUAUUCUCACAUGUUAUAGAGUAAACAAAGAGCUUCUCAUUUUGCAGCCGACCUCGUCCGGGAACAAGCGAUCCGACUCUUGACGAGCCCCGGCGAUCCGACAAAAUUUGACAAACUCUGGUCCGACAUCAUCAAAUGCGUGUACAACUCCGAUAACUGA